AUGAGUAGUGACGAGAACCAUCCCUCUCCCAGCAAUCCUUCGCGCAAGCGUAGUGGUUCAGCCCUUCGUUUGGGACCGCAUAAAAAGGCGACUUCAUCUAAUCCGCUUGUUCUUCAUGGCCGCCAUUUUGGCCGGACAGUAUUUGCACUCUGCAAUUAUCCUGCACUUCUGACUACAGGAAUACUCCAACUCGAAGAGUUGAUGGACUCUCCCAUUGAGGAUUAUCCAGCAGACGUACGACAGGAACACAAGGUGUUUAUUGAGCUAGUAGAUUCGUAUCCUGGACUUCUAGACCGUCUGACAAAUGGCGAGGAGGAAGACAUUAUCCAUGCGGGAGAAUUGAUGACACAAAGACCCCUCAAAUCUGCCAUCCUCGAAUGGCUUGUGCCCAAAGGACAGGCUGUCAUCCCACCCCUCUCCCGAAACAUCAAGUCUGAUCGUGGAUUCAAUCAUGAGGUUACCAGUGCAUUGCUCUGUCCCACUGGGCUUGACUGGUCGAAUGCAGAAACCAAGCAGAGCCUCAAAAGCGGUGAAACCGCAGUUCGUGGAGACCAGUGGCCCAUGUUCUUGUAUGCUGGGUGUGAUUACGAUCCUGAGGAUCCAUGGAAGGGCUUGCUGAAAAGCAAGAUACUCGUAUUUGGGUUCAAACAUGUUUUUAUGUCUCCGAGCUCCAUGGAUAGGGAGCCCAAAGCUACAUGUUCCGGCAAUGCCUACCUUCACGGCAUGAAGUCCGUAACGAAAGGAUCUUUAGCCUAUAUUGCCACACAGGUUCGAUUUUCGUUAAGUUUGUCGUCUGUAUUCUCGCGCACAGACAUGGUUACCGAUUCCGAAAAUUUCUAUCACAGUAUUCUCGACCUGCUGGAGGAUCCCGAUGAAAGUGAGGAAGUAGCUGAGUUGAUGACGUGGUGGACAUGUCGAAUUUUUCCCAACUCAUCCUCUUCACAGCGCAGUAUCAGCAAGAACAGCACAUUGUCAAAAAUUCGCGCAAAACGAGCUGCAUUGCGAGAACGAGCAACUACAAGUACUGACACUACGUAA